ACCCAUCGCAUGAAGAAGAACCUUUAUUCUGGCAAAUCACAGAAACCAGUCCACUAGUGUGGAUUGACCCCAAGUCGGGCAUGGCUUGGUACGCUGAUGACAUGUAUCAGUCUCUUUUCGCUCAGUUAAUCGGAGCAGGUGACGUUCCAUUGCUGCAGACGAUAUCACCAUGCAAGAGCGAUGAUCCAGGUAAAUAAACUGCUUUGUUGUUGUUGUUUUUUGUUUAAAUCCUGAUUGACCAUCAACAGCUUUACUAGUACAGGUCACGUGGAAUUAUUUUGAGAUCUGCUUUCAAUAUCUUUGUGUAGAUGGGAAGUCAAUAUUUGUGUAGUUGCGAUUCCAUAUUUGUGUAGCUGUGAAGUCCAUAUUUGUGUAGCUGGGAAGUCCAUUUUUUGUAGCUGAAAAGUCCAUCUUUGUAUACGCGAAAAGCUAAAAUGCCUGGCGAGAUGAGAAACUUGUUGUCUUAUGUCAAUGUUCUCAAUAUUAGCAUCAAAAGCAUUCCUAGCACCAAUUUAUAAACAUCAUCCUACAUUUCAACAUGAUCCCCUGUCAUUGUUUGCCAUAGCAACAGAUACAUCAAAAGUUUAAGUGAAAUAAAUUCAAUGUCUUCACUAUAAUCAGUGUCAUCACUUUAAUCAAUUCCAACAAAAAAUCAAUGUCAGCAUUAUAAUCAACAUAAUCAUCAUUAACAAUAUCAUCACUAUAAUCACUAUAAUCACUAUCAAGGCCACCACGCUUUAAUCCUUUUCUUUUUACAUCUUUUAUAUUAAUAUUGCUUUUGUACGUGCGUUUCUGGCUGGCAAAAUCGUCGGGCGGCUAAUCGACCCACUUCCCUUCAGGCUAUCAAGCUGAAACUUGGUACAUAGGCUCGGUGCUGAUAACAAAACAUUCUUUCAAAUUUUUCAGCCUAACCCUCCCCCUCCCCCUCCCCCGCCCAUAACCCCUAAAAAUAUUUUUUUUCAAGGGGAAGAUGAGGGAAAUAUUAGAACACUGAUUUUACGAAAUAAAAUUCCCGAUAACUGCGCUAAAUGAGAUUCUUUUUUUUUUUAAUAUCGCAAGUGCGUUUUGUGCGUAAUAUUUUAUUCUUUUUUUCUGAAAUAGUUAUUGAAAUAAAUUUGUGGUGUAAAAGUGGGUGGGACGUUGUAAUGUUAUUGCAAAAUAAAAUAAUAACUUUAAUUUUAUGGGUUUUUUUUUUUAAUUUCCGAGUAAAGGACUUCUUAAUAUGGUUUAUAAUUUCGGGCUCAGAAGAUAUUUGCUCACGAUAAUGGCUGCAACUGCAUAAUGUUACAUUACGUAGAGGUCUGUAUGGCCAGUAACUUCAUUUCUGAUACAUAUUGCUAUGCGAUUGAAAUAGAUUUGAGAUUAUUAACUUGUAUGAUAAUGUGAAAUUCAACUCAGCAGAAAACCAUAGAUCAACUGGGCUGUCAAUCAUCUUUGCACCCACCUAGUGUAACAGAUUAAAGGUCAACCGGAAUCUGUUUCCAUACAAUUUUAGUUAUAAGCCUAAAAUGUAAAAGCUUAAGAUAGUUGCAAAUGAUAUAUUAUUUUUUAUAAUGAUUAUUUACCUACUGGUAAAAACCUCCGCACUUCGUGAAAUACAAUAAAACUUCAAAAAUAUAUUGAUUUCUUAUAUGAGUUUGUAACUGCCCACGACAACUUUCUGGGAGGAGCGACGUCCUAAUGUUUGAGCUUCUGCUGUCCGAAAACCUGACGCUCUCCAAUCAACAAGUGGACGCCAUCUUGUCUCUGUCAGAAUCCAUCCCUGAGAGUGACGUCAUCUUCCUGUCUGCCAGCUCGUCCAAUCACUACGACGAGAUGCAGGCGAUGUUUCACAACCUGCACACGGUUGUCUCUCCUUUGAUGCCUGACAUGCGCGUGGUCUUCUUUGAUAUUGGACUCACCGAAACACAGCGCAUUCAGGUUGGUUGGUUUCAAAAUACAUUUUAUUUUUUUUUCUAUCCUACUGAAACUAAUUCUAAUGCAUGUCAACACCCAUGACAUUCAUACCAUGGGGUAUCAGUGUCUAUCACAUUCAUACCUUGGAAUGUCAGUGUCUAUGACAUUAAUACCAUGGGGUAUCAGUGUCUAUGACGUUCCUACCAUGGGGUUUAAGCGUCCAUGACAUGUAUACCAUGGGGUAUCAGUGCCCGUGACAUUCAGACCAUUAGGUGUCAGUGUCCAUGACAUUCAUACCAUGGGGUGUGCGUGUCCGUGACAUUCAUACCAUGACGUGUCAGCGUUCAUGAUAUUUAUACCACGGUAUGUCAGGGUCCAUGGCAUUCAUACAAUGAGGUGUCACUGUCCAUGACAUUCAAGACAUCAAAUGCCAGGGUCCAGUACGUGCGUGUUGUUUAUUCUCCUUUGUUCCUUCUAAAAAAUGCCUGCCAGGGCUUAAAUUAUGUAAUAACAAGCACACACAUUCUUAUUAUGAAUAGAUUUACAGUUUAUAAACAUUUCAUGUACGAAACGGCUUUGUAUUUGUUGUUUUUUUUUUUUUUUUUUUUUAGGGUUUUUGGGGGGAGGGGUGGGUAUUGCAAAAGUCUGAACUUGAGUUUAAUUUUGAAUUACAUGGUACCUUUUUAUUAUAGAAUCAUGUAAUAUGCUUAUGAGACAACACAUUUUAUAAAAUUGUUAGCCCCAUUUCUCAACACCCAAACCCCCCCCACACCCCCACCCCCCAAAAAAAAAAUGUUCCAGUUUUUUUCAAAAUACUUGUUAGUGUCAAAGAUUUAAGAAAGGUAAUACAGAUGAACACCUAUUAAUUAAUAGUUUUGCACCGCUUUACUCCCACUUAAAUCCAUUACAGUAAAAACUGAAAAAUAUUUUUUAAGGGGAAAAUGAAGGAAAUAUUAAACGUGUUUUCGCCAGAAGUUUACAAAUUAACAUAACCGCUUCUUAAAUUUAAAAAUGUAUAGUGCCUGUAAUGAACCGGGUCUGAAAGUAAUCCAAUUGCUGAACUGUUUGGUUAGUUAAACUUAUAUUUACAUCUUCUACUGAAAAUGUGUGCAAUUCUUUAAUCAACUGCUUAAUAAUUAAUCACUCCAGUGACAUAUUUUUUAACAAAAAUGCAUGUAAAUAAAAAGGAUUUAUCAGCAAAACUUUGUUUUUUGGGGUGGGUGGUAGCUGAGCUGCCAAUAGAACUUAAAUAAUAUCAAAUUGAUGUUUAAAAAUUUAAAUCUUAUCUUUAUUAAGAUUUUGUUUAUUGGGAAAUCAUCACUUGUAGCACAAUGAUACAAUCUGCAUUCAACCGUGUUAAUUUAAUAUCAUUAUGUUUACUCUAUCCUAAUUGUUCGUAGACAGAGAAAUACUGCCGGUGUCAUGUCAUCAGGUUCCCAUUCGAAAAGUUCCGUCCGCUGUUGGAAGACCGGUUUUGCUAUUUCUGGAAACCUCUCAUUAUUCGGGUCAGUAUACACCAACUGAAAUAUCCGCCAUUUAAGCUAUUCUCAUUAGACCAUGGGUCAUUUCAAAGGUUACAUCACGCUUUAAUUCUAUGUUAACAUUAAAUAUUUAUUUAAACUUUGGUGAAGAUUUACUCUAUUUUCUGUAAAUGUCGGGGAAGAUGAAAAAGCAGACUCUCCGGCAAAAAACACGAGGCUGCCCAGCCUCGGCGAGAUGUACCAGUCACUUAUCUAGGUAUUAAAAACUGGCUGGCCGGCCAUUUCCAAUCAAAAUGGUGCAGGAGGUGGGAAGACAGUGGGAAGACAGCACGAAAGCCAGAGGUGUAUGCACUAACAUGCCGCUUCCUAGCAAACUAGAACCCUUGGUGGAAGCUGGGUCGCCGACAGCAGAGUCUGGUGACUCAAAUGCGUACCUAGUAUUUACCUAUCAACACAUGCUUAUGGGCUAGACAAUCACAGGGUCCGACCCUUCCGGUACUACAGCCGGGUCCCAGAAACUCUAGAACCGAAUAGAUGUUUCAGGGGAGGCCAUGGCGAUGGGAGAGCCCCACGCGAAGACAAUGUUAUAUGGGUCAGCUCAAUAGAUGGAACUGGUUGCUCAUGUACUAGUCGGCACAGCCCAGCAGGUGGAGCUGGUUGCCUGUGUACUAGCUGGCACAGUCCAGCAGGUGGAGCUGGUUGCCCAUGUACUAGCUGGCACAGCCCAGCAGGCGGCGCUGGUUGCCUGUGUACUAGCUGGCACAGUCCAGCAGGUGGAGCUGGUUGCCCAUGUACUAGCUGGCACAGCCCAGCAGAUGGCGCUGGUUGUCCAUGCACUAUACUAGCCGGGGUUUUAAGAGGGUAAUCUCAAACCCCCACCAGUAUAUUAUGUUUUAGUGAAGCCACGGAACAAAUUUCAUAAGGGAACGUAUUACUCAGAGUUUUCCUUAACCCUUAACAUACCAAGACUUUGGCAUUUUUUUUAUAGAUGGGCAAGACAUAACCUGGGAACCAAGCCGCGUACACUAAGGGAGAGGUAUGGACAUCCUCCCGAAUAAGUUAGACUAAUUACUUUUUGGUAGUCUGUUGACAUUUGAGUAGUGUCCAUGCAGACCCUGCGUAGGGCUAGUUAAUUAAGUAUCGCGGUAGAGAAAUCCAAACUUGAUCGGUGUUAAUAAGUGGGUAGAGACAUUCAAUAGGCGUUCGAGUUGAAGGAUCUGGUUAGGGACAAUGUAGUCUCAAUUAACGUAGCAAGCCAAUAACCAAUGGGAUUCUAGUGAUGGGAAGUUUUUCUUGCACUCGGGCCAUCAUGCCAUCAUGUAGCUGACAGAUGAUAUUGGUGAACUUGUCUGGGCAUCCGUAAUUCUUCAUGAUUUUCCACAGGCCACCUCUAUUGACCCUGUCAAAACCCUUAUUCAAGUCGAUAAAUGUGGAAUAUAGGUCUGUAUUUUGCUCCUGACAUUUCGCUUGAAGCUGCCUAGCAGCAAACACCAUAUCAAUAGUUCCGCGUUUUUUGCGGAAACCGCAUUGACUUUCGGGUAGGAGACCUAGCUCCAGAUGUGCAUUCAGGUGGUUCAGAAGGGCUCGGGCCAAGAUCUUGCCUGCAAUGGACAGUCGUUUCCUUUGUGUUUGUACAGGUGGAUAAUCGAGGCAUCCUUGAGAUCGUGUGGUACAGUUUCCGUCUGCCAGAUGAUCUGGAAUAGACGCAAUAGCUUAUCCGUCAUCGCUUGUCCACCCUCUUUGUAGAUUUCGGCAAGGAUCAUGUCGGAGCCAGGUACUUUGCCACUGGACAUUUGGCGGAUUGCUGUCUGUAUCUCGACCAAAGUUGGGACAGCGCCCAUUGACUUGUUCGUUGGGAACUGGGGCAGUCUUUCAAUGGCCUCAUCAUUAAUGUGCAGGAAAACGGUCAGUCAUCUCAAGGAUUCCCCGUCACAAAUGGUGUGCAGCGGGCUGUAUCCUUGCUCCAACAAUCUUCAGUAUUUUGUAUUCUGCAAUGCUGUCUAAAUCCACCACGGGCUUCCCAUUUCGGUUUCGCACUGAUGGAUCAGUCGUCAAACUUAGGGGGCUUCAAGCUAAAACCAAGGUCAAACAUAACAUUAUCAACGAGCUUCUGUUUGCGGACGAUUGUGCCCUCAAAGCUGCUUCAGAAGCCGUCAUGCAACAAAGCGUUGCUAUCUUCUCUGAGGCAUGCAAUGACUUUGGCCUCACAAUCAACACAAAGAAGACUGAGGUGAAAUAUCAGCCAGCUCCUAGUAAGCCCUACGUUCAAUCCAACAUCAUCAUCAGUGGACAGCGUCUCAACCCGAUGGAUAAAUUUACUUACUUAGGCAGCAUCCUCUACAGAUCUGUCGUCAUGGAUGGUGAAAUGAAUGCCAGACUCGCAAAAGCUAGUGCCAUAUUUGGCCGGCUCCGCAUCACUGUUUGGGACAUGAGAGGUAUCAGACGAGAAACGAAAAUCAAGGUCUAUAGCGCAAUAGUCCUCUCGACAUUGCUCUACGGAUGUGAAACGUGGACAGUCUACCAGCGUCACGCCAAGAAACUGAAUCAUUUUCACACAAACUGUCUCAGGAAACUCCUGGCCAUCAGGUGGCAAGACAAAGUCCCUGACACAGAGGUCCUCGCUAGAGCAAACCUACCUCGUAUCUUCUACACCCUGAUGUAGUCUCAACUCCGUUGCAUGGGACACGUAGCCCGUAUGGAAGACCACCGGCUCCCAAAAGAGAUAUUCUUCGGAGAACUCACAAUAGGCAAGCGCUCCCACGGAGGUAAAAAAAGCGUUACAAAGACUCACUGAAAGUGAAACUAAAGGCCUUCAGCAUCAACCCUACUCAAUGGGUGCAGACAGCCCAGGACAGAUCCAAGUAGGGAGCAGCUGUCAAGAAGGGGGCAAAAUCCCAAUAAGAUAAUAGGAUACUCAGAGCUGAGACACGCAGGCUGGCCCGAAAGAGCAACAUUAUGUCACCGUCUGCAGCAACUCUCCCCUGCCCGCGGUACCAAAGAUUAUUCCGAGCACGGAACGGUCUAGCAAGCCACCUACGUGCUCACCGUAACCCACCCUCCCCCUAACCGGAUGGCUCGAUGGUCCCAGUCGAUUUCGACGGAAGAACAACAACAACAGUUUCUCGUAUGAUGAGGGCUAGAUAUAAGCUAGAGGUUUGGGGACACUUGAAAGUUGAGGAGGGCAGAGCCCAGUUGAGAUGUGGCAGUUGAGGGAGAACGGUCAGGAGUUUAGUCGAGUUUAGUGAGAAGACGGUAAUGAGAUAGAGAGACAAGCACGAGCAGAGUCAAGGUCAUGAAUGUGAACAGUAGAGCAGAUCAUUAAAGUGAAAUCUAGCCAUCAACGUGUUAUUCUAACCUUAUUGUUACAGUACAAGAGACAGAGUGAAUGAGGUUACCAUCCAGAUAAAGUAUUUAGAGAAUAGAGACGGCCAAGGUUCCUCUAAAAUAUAUUCAGAACAGCAAGCACUCUAAGUUAUGUUAGAAAUGGAAGCUGAGAAACAAAUCCCAAUUAUCAGGCCGUUAUAAAAACGGAAGUUCAAGACCAAAACAAGCCUCCCACAUAAUUCUGUGGUGCGUACUGUUAAGGGGGGGAAUUUAAAUAUUAUUAAUACAAAGUUAAUAUUUUAAACUACAAAAAGUGAUAAUAAAAUUGGAGAGAAAUUGAUGAUCACUUGUAAGAGAGUAUUUUAAUGUUGAUGAUUAAAAAAUUUGCCACAUCACAACUUUUAAAUCCCUAAAACAUCCAAGGCUCCCCGCAGCCGUAGCGUUGCAGGGACCUCACGUUUCAGGGGCCUCACACUGCAGGGGCCACACGUUGCAGGGGCCUCACAUUGCAGGGGCCUCACGUUGCAAGGGCCCUCACAUUGCAGGGCCCUCACAUUGCAGGGCCCUCACGUUGCAGGGGCCUCACGUUGCAGGGGCCUCACGCUGCAGGGCCUCACAUUGCAGGGGCCUCACGUUGCAGGGGCCUCACGUUGCAGGGGCCUCACAUUGCAGGGGCCUCACUUGCAGGGACCUCACGUUGCAGGGGCCUCACGUUGCAGGGGCUUCACGCUCGUUCUGGGGUCAAGUGACACCCAUAUUUUAACUAGCAUCUCUUCCGUUGCUCUCCGAUUAAAUGUAGAAAGAUGCAAAACGGAACUCAGGUAUGUACUGUAAUGCAUUCUUUCCUUUUGAAGCUAUCAAAAAUGUUAUGGGGUCUAUAAACAUUUAAGGGAUGAGACUAGGCUAGGGGAAAUAAUCAUAACCUAAAGGGUGUCACAAAGGGAAUGAAUUUAUUUUAUAUUUAGCUGGGGCGGAGUUAGCGAUGUCACUGAUCGUUUUUAUGACUAAUUUUGGGGCUUCAAACCAAUGGUCCCUUUAGGAUGCGCGGCUGCGUGGCCGCGCUGCUAUCUCACAGACGCCGCGCAGCAGUUUUGAAUAGCGCGCAGCAAAUUUCCAUGUUAGUGUGUGUUUGUGGGCUGUAAAAUUUUGCACACACAAAAAUUUGAUGCUGUAAAAUUGUGCACACAACUGUAUGAUUUUGCACACGAACCAGCAAACCUAAGAGGGAACAUUGCUUCACACCCGAAAGUCUAAAAUGCCGCUCCCCAAUUGUCUGAAAGAAAUACCUCAUUCAAAAUGCUUCACUGCAUUCAAGUCUUCGGUACCCUUAAUUUCUGCUCCCACUUCUCUCACGUCGAUCAGUGGCACAGUACAUGGUUGAAUCUAAGCUUAUGCCAAGUGAGUUCCCUGAGCGCACCACAACAGUAGAUAAUUCAGUUUAUGUGUGGCGGUUGGGGGCCAUAAUGCCUCCCCACGGGCGCUUGAAAAAAUCAUUCACCUGAUCAAAUAGGUUGUUUUUUUUUAUAAACACGGACUGCGGGUGUACUCCAAAAUGUACCUCUUGCUUUUGAAAUAAUCAAAAUUUUCCUUGGGAAGGGCUCCUAAGACCUCCAAAUAAUAAUAAUAAUAAUAAUAAUAAGGGGUCUUAUAUAGCGCGGUACCCCAGCCUAGGGCUGGGCUCACCGCGCUGUACAUAAAAAUUGUAUCAAAAGAGACAUAAUCAUGACAUUAAAAUAAAAUACAUUUAUGAAAUAAAGAACAGCAAAAAAUGCAUAUUCACCCACCCCACCACAUAACUUUUACAAGGCGAACCAUGGACGACAGCCAGCAAGAUCCUUUAUCGGUCAGAGGAAGCUGAGAAACAAAUGCCCAUUUAUCAGGCCGUUAUAAAAACGGAAGUUCAAGACCAAGGCUAUAGAUGCCGUCCAUUUCUGACCUACUUUCCGAUACAAAUAACUGUAUAGCUGGUCCUAGUCGAAAAUGUUGGUGCCGAUAGAUACACAGCCUGUUGGUGUAGCUAGUCUUAGUGCCGUUCUGAUCGGACCAAGUGUUUUGACGCGAAUCCCUUCAUGAUACAAACUCUGCAGUUUUCCGAAAAUGGCGCGCCACCAAAUAACGAAAAAAACUAAUAACUGUACGGCCCAUCCCAAAUUCACUCCCCCCCCCUUUUUUUUUUCUAACCCCCUGGCAGAAGCGAAACUGGAGUGUUUGGCGCCAUGGGACAGGAUUUGUUUGGAACUCUGUACCCCUGUUAUUCAUCCUUUAAAUACAAUCCAAGACCAUUCUGAAGCCCCGCUUUUCUGGUUCCCGGCGACAUCUACCUCUCUCUGCUCCCCUUAGCUACGCCAUUGAUCACUGGCCCUCCUUACCCGAAAAUAUGAGGGGGGGGGCGGGGUACGUGAUUGAAAGAAAGACUGGUUCCAUCCUAUUGUAACAGUUCCAUCCUAUUGUAACAGUUCCAUCCUAUUGUUAAAGUUCGUCCUAGUGUAACACUUCCAUCUUAUUGUAAAAUUUCAUCCAAAUGUAACAGUUCUAUCUUAGUGUAACAGUUCGUCCUACUGUAACCGUUCCAUCCUAUUGUAACAGUCCUAUCCUAAUGUAACAGUUCGUCCUAGUGUAAAAGUUCCAUUUUAUUGUAACAGUUUAUCCGGGUGUAACUGUUCCAUCCUAUUGUAACAGUUAUAUCCUACUGUAACAGUUCCAUCCAACGAUAACAGUUCUAUCCUAUUGUAACAGUCCCAUCCUAAUGUAACAGUCUCAUCCUAAUAUAACAAUUCGAUCCUGUUGUAACAGUUCAUUAUGUUGUAACAGUUCCAUCCAACGGUAACAUUUCUAUCCUAUUGUAACAGUCCCAUCCUAAUGUAACAGUUCCAUCUUAUUAUAACAGUUCAUUUCAUUCCAAUGGAACAGUUACAUCAUAUUGUAACAGUUCAUCCUAUUGUAACGGUUCUAUCCUUUUGUAACGGUUCUAAUGUAACAGUUCUUUAAAUUACAUUUUAAAGGCACUCAUUGGUAAAGUUCGUAAAGGUCUCGUCUACCAAGAUUCGUCGGUUCGUUGGACGAGUCACAUCAAGCCACUUUUGGAAAGAGGGGCAGCAUUCGGCCUACAAUAUCACGUGAGCGACGUGCCACCCAACGUGUCAGUUGACAGACUUAAGCAGGUGCGGGCUUUGAUUUAUUUAUAUUGUCUUAUUUAUGGAUUUCAUGGCAUGUGAACAACUUUUAAACAAUGCAGACGGGCAGGGACUUAUAGGUGAACAAUGCACUUGGACUUAAGGCUUUUAGAUAUUUGAGUAUCAGUCUAGUUAAAUUUUGUUUAUUUGCUGAAAUUUUUUUUUCAACUCGUCAGAUGUGCAGCCACCAUUACCAUUUUUUCACCCAUCUUUUUAAGAUGUCCAACUUUUUUGGAGAAGAGCUGUGCGCCUUUAGGCACUUUCCUGAGCUUGACGGCAGCAACGGAAUCUUCGGCAAUCUUCCAUUUGUCAUCCGGGCCCUUAUAGAACCCUGGGCCAAAUGCGCAUUGGACGCUGCCUGCAUGUGUCCCGAUCAACCUGAAGCAGCCGGGAGCUUAGGUGAUCAGUUGUCGGAUGGCCACAGAAGUCACGGGUUGGUGGAUACACCAGAUAUAAUUUCUUUUUUAGAAAUAAAGGCAGACUUGGAAUUUUUUUUUAAUUCUAAAUGUUACAUAAUUAUUGUUGUUGUUUUGCUUUCUAUUGCUUUUUUUUAAUCUUUUUUUUUUUUAAAAAGCAAAACAUAAAUUUUGACAUUAGUCAAACUUGCAUUGUUUUCAUUCGGGAAGUGGCCUGCAACUGUGUUUUUUUGUUCGCUCUAUUGCUUGUUGUUCGCUCUAUUGCUUGUUGUUCGCUCUAUUGCUUGUUGUUCGCUCUAUUGCUUGUUGUUCGCUCUAUUGCUUGUUGUUCGCUCUAUUGCUUGUUGUUCGCUCUAUUGCUUGUUGUUCGCUCUAUUGCUUGUUGUUCGUUUUUCACAAGGCUUUCAUUUCUUUUUUUUUUUUUUUUUUCAGUUGCGGUUAAUUUUAAUUAAAAAAACUUGUAGAUUUGGUUUGUGUGGUCAGAGAUAAAAUGGUAAACAUUUCAGUUGUUAAAAUUCAAAUUUAUGAAUGUGAAAUAAAACGUCAUCCACUGAACUAUGCCUUUUGAUUAAAAAAUUAGGUGGGGGGGGGGGGUCUAUUUUUAAUCUGAAAAGAUAUAUAGAAAUAGAUGACUUAGAGGAAUAGAUGAAUUUAAGUUUGUUUUUAAAUAGUGUAUUGCGUAUACUUAUUAUUGGAAAAGUCCCAAAAACUUGUUUUUGUAACCAGCUGUGUUUUAUUUAAUAUUUGUUUCAAUUCACAGAUUUGAUAGGGCGACCUUAAAAAUUGUAGCUGCAAAAUUAUUUGAUAACGCUCUGAGGAGAGUGAUCACGCUUGACAACAAAGCUAUUGACACUGUACGCCGAGGUCUUGCAAUGCCUGAUUAUUUUAACUCGAUCGUCAACAAAAGUGCUGGCCACGAAAAAUGACCGUUAUUUAAAUAAAAUAUUAAACACAGC